AUGCAGAUCCCACUUGUGAUGGCUGUGGUGGCGUGGGCGGUGGCCUGGUGCCUCCGAAUAGACGCCGCCGGCGCUGCCAGCAAUUGGGGGGCGCUGCUGGCCCAGGAAAUGGCGCCGCCGGCGCUACAAGAGACCUCGGGCAUCCUUCCGCUCUCCGGCCGCUCCCUUGGCGAUUGUGAUGUGGCUAAUUUGCUUGUCGUCAGCGAUAUUGACGGCAAUUUGCACGGGAUCGACCGCCAGCACGGAUUUAUUCGCUGGACGUUGCCGAUCGAAGAGCCCCUCGUGCAAAUCCGCACCGCCGACAGUAACCAGACCAAAGAGCUGAUUUUGUGGUUUGUCGAACCGUACCAGGACGGUCUGUUGUACUAUUUUACGCCCAAAUUUGGCCUCAACAAGAUCCCGACGCUGAUCCGUGAAUUAGUGAUGGCUCUGCCGUUCUCGCUUCGAGAUGAUAAUAAAAUCUAUACCGGGCUGAGAACGACGCUGUUGUACGAGGUGAACGUCCACACGGGCCACACACGACCGCUCCUUGGCGACUCGGAACAGUGUCCCAUCCCCCGUACCCACCACCCGAUAGAACUCGAGCUGGGGCUGGCCCAAGACACGUUCCUCAUUGGCAAAACCACAUUCGAACUCACCAUCGCCGACAAGCACAACUCGGAAAUGGUGUGGAACGUCACCUACUCCCAGUGGGGUCCUAACAAUAUCGACAACGACCUCAUCCUCCAGAACCGUAAACUGGCGGAUAACUCUUACUUUUACCCUUUUUACGACAAAGUGCUCUUAGCCUACAAUAACCGGGAAAAGUGGGGGUGCAAGUUGCCAGGCAUCGCUGUGUCUAUCUUCGAUAUUUUCCACAAUGCUAACACUGGCGAGUACGUGAUGCUCCCUCAUCCACUGCCCCAGAUUGACGACGAUAACUACGCUCGUGAUAAAGUGUUUUUGACGAAAACCGCAAACAACAUGGAGUGGAUCGCCAUGCUGUACGGCAACUACCCGCUGCUCAUCAAAACCGCCGAAUAUGCUCCGUACACCCUUGACCUCUUGAAGAUGAACCAAGGUUACCCAUUUGACCGCGAGCGCCUCUUCAACUUCAACCUCAGCAACCUGAGCAACGCUGACGUCGAAGCAUACGUUCUGGGGCUCCAUGAGUGUCAUUUACUCACCGCAGCCACGAACUAUCAGCCUCAGCAGAGGUUUGGCUCGCGGGCUCAACCGGUGGCCGCUAUCGGCGAUGGACGCGACACCACCACUACCACUGACACUCCCAACAUUAUCGGUGGCGGCAUUAAGUUCUCAUCGGAGGACGACUCGAUGCUGGGAUGGGGGGUGCCUGAUGCUCGCGUAACUGAGGAAGUGACCGCGGCGGUGGACCCUAUUGAGACUCUGGAGCCCAUUCGUCGUAUCUUCGGACUGCUGAUCCUCAAACGUGUGAUUGAGGAUGUGGUGGUGUUGCUCAUUUUGUUUGUACUCAUAAUGACGUUCGGCAAAUCGUCGAAGUUGUUCCGCCUGGUGCGGCGAGCGAUCGACGAUAAGAGCGAUUAUGGCUACGUGGUCGAGUAUGAAGAACAUACCCCGCUUAUGGAUGGAGUGGCCCAGUUUGACCAAGAGGCACAAAACGACAUUGCAGUGCUCACAAAUGAGACUUCCGAGAAAGGGUUCUUGUCGGAAGAAAAGAUCACGAAAAAAGAGUCAGUGAAAAUAGAUCCAAAGGUCACAGCUGUCUCCGAAAAUAAUACCAUUGAAGUGAUUGAAUUGGAGGCUGCGGAUGAAGCAGAUGCCCCCAAGAAAAAACGCAAGCGUGGAAGUCGUGGGGGUAAACGUGGUGGCCGUCGCAUCAACAAAAAUAACGGUGGCGAUGAUGAAGAAGCCUUCCUCGAAAUAGAGGAAACCACCACCGCGAUGCAAGCAACCAAGAGUCUUCCCAUUGAAAACAACUUAGUCAUUAGUGACAAGAUCUUGGGCUACGGUAGUCAUGGUACCGUGGUUUACCAGGGGAUGUUUGAAAACCGCCCGGUAGCGGUGAAACGAAUGCUUUUAGAUUUCUACGACGUUGCCAGUCAUGAAGUACGCCUUUUGCAAGAAAGUGACGAUCACGAAAAUGUUGUUCGCUACUACUGCUCGCAAACACUGAGUCUGGAGAAGUUCCUCUACAUUGCUCUCGAGCUUUGCAUGUGUCUGCUUGAGGACAUUGUUGAGAAACCCAACAAACGGCGAGCAGUGCUCAGCAAUGUCAACCUUACGUUGUUCGAAUUGGCGCUGGGUCUCCACCAUCUUCACCAGCUCAAGAUCGUCCAUCGAGACAUCAAGCCUCAGAAUAUUCUUGUGAGUGAUCGCAAAAAGGCGCUUCCCGACGAACCGCCGGUGAGAUUGCUUAUUUCUGACUUUGGUCUUUGUAAAAAGCUUGACGCCGACCAGCUGUCAUUCCGAGCCACCACUCAGCAUGCGGCUCUGGGAACGUCCGGCUGGCGUGCCCCUGAAUUGUUGCUCAACCACGAUCUCAGUGAAAUCUCCCCUGAUACCAUUUCCAGCGUCAACUCGCUGACGGCGUUGGAACUGUUGGAACAUGCGGACCUGGUGCCCGCAAAGGGAAAGCGUCUCACAAAGGCCAUCGACAUCUUUGCCCUUGGCUGUGUUUACUACUACAUUUUGACUGGUGGAUCUCACCCUUAUGGCGACCGCUACAUGCGUGAAGCCAACAUCGUCAAUGGCCGCUACGAUGUCAGCCGCCUUGCCAUCACUUGCCCACGUGAUCGUUUCGAAGCUGAAGAUUUGAUAUGCCUGAUGAUUCAUCAUGACUUCCGCCACCGGCCUACGACCACUGCCAUCUUGGCUCACCCUCUAUUCUGGCUGUGUGAUCGUCGUCUUCAAUUUUUGUUGGCGGUCAGUGACCGAUUUGAUUUGGAACGGCGUGAUCCGCCUUCCGAACUUCUUCAGCAAUUGGAAUCUCAUGCUUCAGCAGUUAUUGGCACCGGAUGGCACGCCAAAUUCGAUCUGGCGUUUUUAGAUCACUUGGGCAAGCACCGCAAGUAUCUCAAUGAGCGCCUUCUGGACUUGUUGCGUGCUAUCCGUAACAAGUACCAUCAUUUUGCCGACAUGCCGGUACAGCUUCAGCGUCAGAUGACGAAACCUGACAAGUUCUACAACUACUUUUUGGAAAAGUUCCCCAACUUGCUCAUGGAAGUGUACGGCGCAGUGGCUUCGGCAAAGUUAGAGUCAGGAGCACGUCUUCGCGACGAAGAUGUGUUUGUCGAGUACUUUUCUCCGCUCUGA